AUGAAUAUCAGGUCGGAUGUAUUAUUUCCGUACAUCAAACCUGGAGCCGGUGAGAAUGACCCACCUGAAGAACAGAUUUUUAUCGAUCCAUUCGCGAAACGAAAGAAUCGACGUAAUCGAUUUCAACAUAUCCGAGCUGACAAGCGAUAUUCGAGGUCGGGGGCGAAGGCUCAGUGGGCGCCGGAUGGGUUCGAAAUUAAAACGAUAUGCAAAUUAGGCAUGAGAAUUAAUCGACGGGUGCAGUCGACGCGGCGGCAGCGAGACCAGCUACUGUGUACAAAUCGAUGA